UGUGAACAGUUUGCUGCCCUGCUUGGUCUCUUCUGCAUGACUCCUAAAUCACCCUCCUUGAAGCCAAUCUCCGUAUAUACCAUGUCCACUCGAACAACGUCACAGAGCCAACCUCCAGGCCAAUCGCUUCGUCCACUACCCUCUCGCCCCAUCAAGGGCAUUCUAUACGGCUCAACCUCCCCUGAGUUUCCCGGUACAAGUCGAGCUCUUUGAGCCGGUGUCAUCCGCCUUCCGACCGCUCGAGCCUCCUGGCAUGGUCUCGUCAAGAGCAACUGGAUUGAAUAUCGGAUGACAAUGUGGACGAGUGUCGGAACGUAACCCUAAGAUGUUUGUCGGUUCAAGUGUCGCGGUCCAGUUGUCGAGUCUCCGAGUAACUACAUUUGCGCGCCUCCUACUUACUAUUUGCUCCGGCAGAGAACGGCAGGUCGGAUUGAAUGUGGCCAAAAGAGAAUGCGACGUUCAGAGCCCUCCUGCGAGGGCGGUGAAAAACGGUUUAGCCAUGCGUCAAGUUGGUAAGCGUCCCUGAGGGAUCGCGCGUCGGCAUUCCAACGCUGAACAUUAUACGUGAUCAUACAUGGGAUGUUUUGGUGUACAGGAGCGUGAGACAAGGAUCAAGAGAGAGCGGAGAUGACGACUUGUCGGAAUUAGCGCACGAGGCCUACGCCUAGAGCACAAAGAUUCUGUUGCCUACACACAAGAUUGCUGGGAACCCUUUUGGAAGCUGAAGAGAUCCACUGGCCGGAAUCCGAGCUUCAUGUUGCUUGGAUGCCAGGUCUCGGAUGUGACUUCAAGGAUUCCAAAUCAGCAUGUCUUCCAACUUGGCACUUUGUUUGUUUCGGAUGGCCAUGGCCAGCGCAGAAUAUCAGCAAACGUCAAAUUCAGCAUUGGCUGUCACUCCUUUCCAACUCUGCUCUUGUCCUCACAGCGCUCUAUCUGGUGCCAGCCCUGUGACCAAACGCGCACCAAGGCAACAGCUAUCCGGUGUGUGCUUCUGUCGAAGAUCCCGAUCAACCGCGUUAAUCUUCCGCAUCAUGUUCAGCAUGGUGAGACGGAGAGCGCCGAUCCAGUGUGCCCUUGGUCCUCUGGGACCUCUGGGUGCAUGAUGAACCUUGCUUUCGAGCGAGAAGAGGACGAUUUUUGAAGAUGUUAUUUGUGCGUCCUGGCCUGAGAUACGGCAAAUGUCCUUCGAUUGGUCUCGUCAGAGACAGAGAGAAGAGAAAACUAAAAUCUUGUCUUCGAGGUUGCCGUAUCACACAUGAGAGAGGCAUUUAUAUCCUGUUUUGGCAGGGCUUGGAUGUUGCGUCUGGUCUGGAAUCUGUCCACCGCGUGAGAAAAAGCGUGGUAUACAUCGUGGGCGACAAGAUGGAUUUGGGAGGAUGACUGCGAAGCUGGAUAGUGAGGGCUUAACUCUGCAUCUCUUCGACCAUAUACCCAAACACACCGAUCGCUCUCUGGCUCUCGCAGAAAAGUCCAUAUCAAGCAAUCUGCAUCUUGUUGUCAAGUCUCAACUUACACAUGGAUCCACGGUACGAUAUUGUCGCAACGGGUUUUGAAAGUCUAGCCGCUCGAGUUUCAGAUGAGUCCUGCAAUGUUGUCAACAUGUCCAAGCAAGAACUCCUGCAGCGCAACGGAUGCAUCAGACUAGGAAGGAAGGGACUGUUGAGAUGGACAGGACUACCAAGUGUGCCGGACGGGACCUCUCUCGAGUGAGGAUCAAAGCUUUGGCUUGUCUGUUCCGAAUCCUUGCUGUUUGUCAGACACAGUUCCAACUCAUUCUUGAUCUGUGUGGAGUUCGCCGCGAGGCAUCUUGCUUUUGGUGGCUAAGGUGGAUAAAUCUUACUCGGGUAGCGAAGACGACUUUACAACGAACUUGACGUGACGGAUCACAUGUGGGGGCUGAUGAACUUGCCUCGAUGAUCGCGUCUUGCAUGUCGGUAUCGGUGCUUUUGACGCGUUGACAGAGGCGAUAUUCCACCGCUGCCUCUGGAUGCUUGCAUGGUCCUUGG